CACCGAUUCGUGCUUCCGCACGGAUAUGUGCCAGGCGUCUGUCCGCACCUCUUCCGCUAGCCCCGGGCUGGCCCCAGACAUCACCAUUGCCUCCUGCCGCACAUACCACAAGGACGACGAGGACAUCCUGGAGCACGAGACCAUAUGCUUCAACAGCGAGACAACCUGGCCAAGGGUUCGGAUUCGCUUCUCGACGGUGGUAUCCCGCAUCACGAGAUGAUCGACACCAGUGUGCAGACUGGCGAGUUUGUUCUACCCGGUGUGGCCCUCCGCCUUCUGGAGGAUUUUGCCCGCCUACUUCCCGAAGCGGUUCAGUAUUUCGAGCAGGCGUUGAUGGAGACCUGCCGCAAGCUUCAACCAGCUUGCGAUGAACUUCACCAUCACGAAGAGACUCCCGACUCUCGGACCGAGACCUUGGCCCUGAACUAUGACCCCGCCAUUGGCGACCCCGUCGGGAUGUUCGAAGGUCGCUUGGCCAAGGUUCGUGGCCACACCCAGGGUUUGCUUUCCGGGUUCCGCACUCUGGCAAUGUUUACAGACAAGAUUACCCGCGAGGGCGGCGACCUCGAUUAUAAGUACGACCAGUUGUUCUUUGGGGGCGUCGUCUUCUCCUCCGACCUGCCUGACGGUCCGCACAGCUACGAGGGUUUCGAUGAGUGAGGCUGUUGCUCCUCUUCCUCCUCCUCCUCCUCCGCGUCCCGUGUGUCGCCUUCGUCCGCCUUCGUUCGUGCUGAUAUACAGUCAAGCUAGAAAUUCAUUGGAUGGGUGGAGGUAAUUGUGUAGAACUGCUCUUCCGUGGUUUUGAUACUACGCCGUAGUAUCUUCGUGUAGCGUGCCGCUGAACCUGGACUCUGCACCAUCCCCUC